UCCAGGAACCAGGAGCAGAGGUCUGAGGCCUGUGUCCAGACAUCAGAGAAAAGAGGAGGUCCAAGCAGUACCAGGAGUCAAGGCAUCGUGCUCGUGGUCGAGAUGAGUGAGCAGAGGAAGCCCAAGAAAGACCUUCAGGACCCAGGCGAGGCCCAGGGCCCAGAGGAAGCACAGCUCUUGGGGGCUGAGGGAGGGGAGGCUGCAACCCCCUCGGCCUCCUCCCGCCCAGUCUCUUCGUGCUCCGCUGAGGAGGCCUUGCCCCAGGAAGCUCUGAAUAAAAUGGUGGCUAACAUGGUGACGUUCCUGCUCUGCAAGUAUCGAGCCAAGGAGCCAACCACCGAUGCCGAAUUGAUGAAUACGGUCCUCGGGGAUAACCAAAAGUACUACCCAGUGGUCUUCCGCCAAGCGGUUGAGUGCGUUCUGCUGGUCUUUGGUGUAGAUGUGAGGCGGUUAAACACUGCACCCAUCUACAUCAUGGUUCCCUCCCUGGGCCUCACCUGUGAUAUAAUACAGGAAAGUGGGCAGGGCCUGCCCAAGGCCGGCCUCCUGGUGGUGGUCCUCAGCCUGAUCCUCCAGAAUAGGGAUUGCAGCCCUGAGGAGGAGAUCUGGGGAGCACUCAGCAAGAUGGGGGUGUGUGCUUUGAGGGAGCACCCCAUCUAUGGGGAGCCCAGGGAGCUGCUGACCCAAGUGUGGGUGCGGGAGGGGUACCUGGAGUACCGGCAGGUGCCUGACAGCGACCCUGCUCGCUUCGAGUUCCUGUGGGGUCCCCGGGCCUUUGCGGAGACCAGCAAGGAGAAAUUCACGGAGUAUCUGCUCAGGGUCAACCGAAGGGCUUUUAGGUCCUUCCCACUCCCUUCUGCAGAGGCUGUGAGGGAGGAGGAAGAGGGGUCCUGAGCCAGAGCUGCAGCCAGGCUGAUCCUUCCCUCUGUAAAUGAAAAGGGAGUGGUCAGCCUUCUCAGGAGUGAUGGCCUGGGCCACUUGGGGAACCCAGUGUGCAGCAUUUUUAGGUUCCUGUUCUCUGCGAUGACAUGGAGACUGAUCUCUGUUUUCUUUAGGAAUUUUUCAAAUGUGUCUUUCAGCAUAAGGCUUAAUAAACUUCGGUAUCUAACUUUGUGAAUGACAUUGAUCACACGUGUAUUUGUACUUACCAAUUUAAGGACAAGAGUUUUGCUAGUUUUUAAAAGAGUUUGGGAACUCCCCAAUUUUAUUUUGUGACCCUGAACAUGGUAACAUGAGAUAUGAAUUAUAACUAUUUUGGAAAUAUCAACUUACCUAGCAGUAAUGUACUUGGUGAAAGAAUUAGAAAAUAAAAUGUGAUUAUAGCAAAA